GUGGUGGAAUUAUAAGCAAAGGUGCUGAAAAGGAUUACAAACUAAGUGAUACACUUCAUGAUGGGAACAUUUUACGAAUUAAACGAUUGUCUGAAUUUAGUGAAUUAGAAAUCAUACACCGAUGCAAACUAGAAUAUGGAAUUAAAGUGUCUGAUGAUGGACUUGUUGACCCUCACGGAAAAGCUUUUACUUUCAAUAAGCAUAAUUAUGUUAUUGAACGGUUCAAACAAAAUGCAGAUAUCUAUAGUAAAACCGAAAGUAUUACACGAAAUAAUAAACAUGAAAUCACUUACCAAAAAAAUUUGAUUUCCAGUAUAAAAGUUUCUUCUAAAUUGCCUUGGUCUUCAUUAUCAGCUGGUUUUAAC